AGUUUAACUUUCAGUACUCUAUACUGGUUUCUCAUUCAAAUUUUGUUUCACUGUGAUCUUAGGCGAUAGCAAUCUCAUAGCAUUUCAAUGGGGUUUCCAUAGAAAUAUAGGUUUAGGAGCUCUUUGUUUUGUACUGUUUUUUCCUUGUAAAAUUGUUGGGUGGCUAGAAUUUUAAUGGUUUUCAAUACACUGUAGGGAUGAUUGCUAGUUUGAUUGGUAUAGAUAGGGCUCUAGCAUACACCGAUAGUGUUUAGUUGAUUGGAUUCUUUUGGGUCAUAUUAUUUUGACAUAAUUUUUCUGUAGGUUCAGUGGACUAGUAAAUUUAAGCUUUCUUGGUGUAUCAAGGCAAGUUAGCUGUGAACAACAUAAUUCGAGCUAGUGAAGUUUAAGUUGGUAAACAAUUCAAUAUGGCACAGGAACAAGAGUUCAGGUUGGUAUGUCCUUCUCUUAGAGAGGAUGGAAGAAUACCCAGAAAGUAUACCGGCGAUGCUCAGGGACCAAAGAAGGAUAUUUCACCACCACUUGAGUGGUAUGGAGUUCCAGAAGACACAGUCAGUUUAGCUCUUAUCAUGGAGGAUCCUGAUGCGCCUGACCCAAAUGAUCCCAUUGUUCCAUGGACUCACUGGGUUCUGAUUAACAUAUCCCCUACACUUAAGAGUCUGCCAGAAGAUUUCUCUCCCAAACAUUUUGGGCAAGACAGUGACUAUGCAAGUAUAAAAGAGGGUGUUAAUGAUUGGAAAAUUCCAGGUUACAGAGAACCCAACGCACCUGUUGGGGAUCAGCGCUAUGUAAUAAGCCUGUAUGCACUGGAUGACACUUUAAAUGUUGGAAAUAAGGUGACAAAGGAUAAGGUGAAGGAGGCCAUGGAUGGCCAUAUAGUUGGAGUUGCAGAGCUAGUAGGGCACUAUAGAAAAGAGAGGUUUACAACAGGCCGUGAUUGUUACAUGCCUGUUGGGGCUCCUGAACCCUGUGGCCCUGGCUAUCCAGACGUGAUCAAAUUCAGUAGGAGAGGAAAUAAAACCCAUCCAAUUUACAGAGGUGGAGCUCCUGAUCGUUUGAACAAGUAGUUAUAUUUGAUGGGUGCCCCAAGAGCAGAUGUUAUAAAAUUGAAUAAAUUGUAGAGAGUUGUAUAUAGUGUGUGGGAUCUUUCAUAUAUGUUUCUAAAUGCCACAUUUGACUGUUCCAUUAUGUAAUUUUGACAUUAGCACCCACCAUAGUUUUUGUAUUUAUCCCCUAUAUUAUUCAAUGUUAUAAUUUCAUCUAGUACUCACUACA